AAAAGGGACUCUGAGACUUACAGUCAGCUAACAGGAAGACUGAAAUCACUAUCACUAAUAACUACUGCAAUUGAAAGUGUUGGAAAAUGUGUAAAGGAUUAGCUGCCUUACCGCAAACCUGCCUGGAAAGGGCUAAGGAGAUCAAGACGAAAUUGGGAGUUUUACUGCAAAAGCCAGAAAAUGCCAUCGACCUCAUCAUCCCCUACCCCGAGAAGACUGAGAAGAAGCCGGAGAAGCUGCAAAAGCCUUCUCCUGAGGAGGCUGCUCAGUGGCGUGAGAGUCUGGACCGAGUCCUGAACAACAGCUAUGGUUUGAAUGCUUUCCGCAGCUUCCUGCAGUCUGAGUUCAGUGAUGAGAAUAUUGAGUUUUGGAUGUCCUGCGAGGAGUUCAAGAAGACCAAGAACCCCAUUAAAAUGGCCGCCAAGGCCAAGAAGAUCUAUGAAGACUUCAUCCAGUCUGAAGGACCCAGAGAGGUGAACAUUGACCACUUCACCAAGGAUGUGACCCUGAGGAACCUGGUGGAUCUCUCCCCUGCAACCUUUGACCUGGCCCAGAAGAGGAUCCACGCCCUGAUGGAGAAAGACUCCUUCGGCCGUUUCCUCCGGUCUGAGCAGUACCAGGAGCUCCUGGUCAACUAAGCCUGAGCAGAAGUCUGAGGAGCUGGGGUGGGGAGGGGUGGGGGAGGUUUCAAACAGCAGUUAGCUAACAUGAAUAUAGAAGGAAAUUACUUUUUUAAUUAAAUCUUUUUAAUAAACUACCACUGUGUAAGACAGCUCGAGAACCGAAGAAUUUUAUUUUACAAAAUAUCCAAAACGUAAAGGGCGAGAAGAUUCUAUUUUCAAAUUAUUCUUUGAAUGUAACUAAAGGGAAAGACUGCGUUUUGAAAUAGCCCUCCCUCCCCACCCAACACACACACACACACACACACACACACACACACACACACAUUUGAACUUCUAUACAAGUGAGGACCUCCCAUUGACAACAAUCAUUUGUUUUCCUUUUAAAGAAGUGAGGGUCUCCCACAAUUACCUCAAGUGUCAAAAAUGCCCCCAAAAACCUGACAGGUUCUCACACAAAGGUAGAAGUACAGGAACAUACAGGAACACACACACACACACACACACACACACACACACACACACACACACACACACACACACACACACACACACACACAAGUCAUGAUCCACAUCAAAACAGAUGCAAAUGUGUUUAUAUGAAAAACAUACAACUCAAUCUUUUCAAUUAUGACCCAAAGUCAGUUCUUCAUCAUGAACACUCACACUCAUGAAAUUGAAAACAUUAUCAGACCCACAAUUGUGCAUCAAGGUGUUGUUGUAGCUUUGUGUAACCAUGACCUCAUUGACUGCCAUGCGCAAUGUAGCAUUCUCCAAGGACUGUCUGAUAAAGAGCAGUAAAAAUGUCAGCAAAGGGGAGGUUUGCAAUGAUAAUCGAUUCACUAGGUGAGAAAGAGAAGAAUACUAAUCUUUCUUUGGCCUGCUCUAUUUGUUUUCACUAUCAACAAACAAUAUCCGGUCUGAGAAAUCCACAAGGUAUCCCAAGUAGUGUUUGCACAGCCUGAAGAGUUCCUACAGUUACAUUUUUGAAAAGCAGUAACACAGUACAGCUGGGCCUUUUACAUACCUAUGGAGACAGUGUUUGCUAGCAUAACACUUUGAUGCAUAAGUAUAAAUUAAUGCAAGGCCGAUGAGUUCAUUCUGGCCACUUUGGUGCCCUCGGCCAGAAUCCACUGGCGAAGAGAUUGAUCUCUUUCUUUUAAUAUUUUUCUCACAAUUGUAUUACUGUACUUCGAUCAAAAUGUAUUCAACUUCUGAUCUGUGUCAUGUCAUCAACACCCUAUGUAACUACCUAGCUCACCUAUGCCUGCCAUGCCUAAAUGUAAAAUUGAUGUGGAUUGUUUUCAAUAGAAAGCUAACUAUUGCUAGGGGUCACAUUGUAAACUAAAGCUAAAGUAACCAAAUUAAAAUAUGAAUAAACGAAAAUCAUUUUGCAAUUCUGCAACACCUUAAAUGUCCGGAAAUGUUAAAUCCUUCUAAAACAAUACAAAACCCAGGUUUGACCCUCCUUUCCCUACCGCAGACAUAAGAGUCUGAUUCAGAGAGACGUAAGUGACAUUUAAGUGAUUUGUGGUUUUCCCAAGAAGACUCAAAGAUAAUACUGCCUUUGAGAGUGCUUGGAAAUGAUUUGACCUAUAACAUUUUCUGUCUAUGGGGGGAAACCAUUGGCAAAACUCUAAACAGAAUGACAGUAACCCUAGCUGGUUGUUUUAAAAAUCAAUGGAUGCACUGAAUAAUUUCCAGUAAGGACCAAAUAUUUUGUCAUUUGUUAAUAAAAAGGACCUGUAACAGAGUGGACCCUCCUCUAUAAUCAAUGAGUGACUAAUGAUUAUUAUGUAACUCUCCUUUUGUUUCUUCCACUCUCUCACACUCACAUAGACAGUUAGUUUGGAUUUCCACCAAAACCCCCCUUUGGUUGCGAUGCAUCCUGUGAGAGCCACCCUUGAGAACAGUGCUGGCUGGUUGGCUCAGUGGUCGAGCUCCUUGGCUACCACUAAACCGCAAGUUGCUAAGAUGGGAAAAUCAAGUAGGAGGGAAUCUCAGAAAAAAAAAAGUAAACAGAGCCGUGAUUUUAAGGUCUGUUUCCCGUGUGAUAAUACCAAAGGUUUAUGCAUGCAUGCCGAGUUACUAAAAAGGUCCAGACCUGGUUUUAGUGCUGGUUUUAAUACACCAGUAAAAAACAUGGGAGACAGAACUUGCAAGGUUGCAGCACUAGACAAUGCCAAUACUGGUUAUUGAGAAUCAUUGUGUCAUGGUGUUUUUAAUUACAAACCAUGGAGCACAUAAUAUUCAAAGUCUAAACUCAAGGUUUAAGGAAAUUCAAGGAAAUAGCGGCAUUGUAGUCACAUAAGUGCAUUCAAAAUGUUCACAGUUGAUAAAUCUGACGUUAUAUGUACUUUUCUUUUGUACUUGUUUUUCCAGGUCAACACUUAAUACUUUCAACCACAAGUUAUUAUUCACUGUAACAAAACACUGGUAUUCACCUAACUUACACUAAGCUGAGACAUAAGACGGAUGUGAUGGUGGAUUUGGUGUUGGUGUGCAAUGUUUAAGUUUCCUAAAUAUAUACAUUUAGUUGAAUGUAGCAAUCAAAGUGUGAUUAUAUUUACUCUUAAUGCUUUUUUAUAUUAAACAAAAGCAUACAUGUCUUAACCAAUACAAGAAUAUUGUUAUCUAGAUAUUCAGCACUUUAUAAGUCCUUAUUGUUCCCUUAAAUCCGACUUUUCAACGUAUUCAUUAAAUUUUGUGAAUUUAUAACUUAAAAGGCAUUGGAACGACCCACAAAUCUGAGAGAUUUAUUUAAAUUUUAAACAGCAUUGACAAGGGUUUAUUAUGGCACAGAUUGGCCAGUCUGGUGUCAUAACCUUAACUGUCAUACAUGUCAAAAAUCGUGUCACAGAAAAAAAAACAAUAGGGGCUUUAACAGUGUUGAGUAUGCAUUAUUUGUUGUAGACUUGCAUGUACGUUUGAGUCGACCACAUAAAAAUAUAUAUGCAUACAAUUCCUGAAGAUGUAUUUAUUUUACAUGUAAAUAUCGACUAUUUACAAGUGUCUAAGUUAUUCUUAAAUACAACAAUGGAACCCAUGAUUCUUGAAUGAAGAGCUGGCAAGGACUCUUCCCAGUCAUAUACACUGUUAUAAAAGAAGAAACAUUUGA